UCCCUGACUUGGCGGCGCGGGCCCGCUUGCCAGUGAGACGGCUGGCCCUACACGCGCCAUUGAUAGCGUCCCAUCUGGCCUCGUCGCCGCGCAGAGUUGGGUACUGAGCAGCAGCCGGCGCUAACCGCCCCCGCCGCUGCCCCCGGGAGAGAGAGAGAGGAAGAGGAGGAGAGGGAGGCGAUGGCGACGACGAGGAAGGUUGCGUGCGUGCUUGUGGUCUGGGCGCUGGUGGCCGCCGGCCUGGGCCCCGUCUCCGCGCGCGCGCCGCUGGGCCGCAAGCCGCAGCGCGAGUUCGACUAUUUUGCGCUCUCCCUGCAGUGGCCCGGCACCAUCUGCGCCUCCACCCGCCACUGCUGCGCCAGCAACGGGUGCUGCCGCUCGGAGCCGCUCCAGUGGUUCACGAUCCAUGGUCUGUGGCCGGACUAUGACGAUGGGACAUGGCCGGCGUGCUGCCGCCGCACCCAGUUCGAGAUGGACAAGAUAUUGCCACUGAAGGAUAUGCUUGACAAGUACUGGCCGUCCUUGUACUGCUCCUCCUCUUCCACUUGCUUCAGCGGCAAGGGGCCCUUCUGGGCUCACGAGUGGGAGAAGCAUGGAACCUGCUCUGCCCCUGUGGUUCAGGACGAAUUACAAUAUUUCACCAUUGCCCUUGACCUCUACUUCAAAUAUAACGUUACGGAAAUGCUGUCAAGUGGAGGUAUACAGAUUUCAAAUGGUAAGGAAUACGCACUGAGUGAAGUCAUCGAUACCAUCAAACAUGCUUUUGGGGGGUCACCACAAAUUGUUUGCAAGAGGGGCUCUGUUGAAGAACUCAGGUUAUGCUUCGACAAAGAACUGAAGCCUCGUGAUUGCCUUACUACUUCUUUGACGAAUGGAAGUGUGUCAAGAACAAAGCACUGCCCACAGUACAUCAAACUGCCAAAAUAUGAUCCCCUUGUGCUCGCCAAUUCAACUGGAGAGAUCAUGACACAGUUCGACGACUUUGAGGUGUCUGCAGCAAUUUAUACAGCCUAAGAUGUAGUUGUUGCAGCAGAGCAAUCCAUGGCUGUGACGAAACAAAUGUCUUCAGGGCCAUGGACUGCAAUUAUGAUAGCAGAAGGUGGUCUCCUGAGCACAUCCAGAGAAAUUGAUGUCUGAGAAUCAAUUAUUUGUACACUUGAAGGAGACCUUUACUCUUUUACAUCCAUGCGAAUUGAAAUUUACAGGUUUUACGUAUCUUUGAAGGUCGGAUCAAUGUAUAUACACAUUCUAUAGCUGGACGGUAGCCUUGUUGCCAUUAUUUCUAAAGGUGCAAGGUUUAAAAUAUUCGUGUUGCUUUCAA